GAGAGAGAGAGGAAGAAAUCCCCAGUGCGCAAGCCGUCGUCGUCAUCCUCCGGCCGGGAGCGGCGAUGCACCACCCGACGAGAGGCGGCGUCCGCGGCGGACGAGAUCAAUUCAAAUGGGAUGAUGUAAAGGUUGACAAGCACCGAGAGAAUUACCUCGGUCAUAGCAUUAAGGCUCCUGUUGGAAGAUGGCAGAAAGGGAAGGACCUGUUCUGGUAUACAAGAGAUAAGAAAUCUGACUCAGAAGAUGCUCUGAAGGAAGAAAUUAGGAGAGUGAAGGAAGAGGAGGAGCAGUCCAUGAGGGAGGCACUUGGCUUAGCUCCUAAGCGUAGUAGUCGACCUCAGGGCAGUCGGUUAGAUAAGCAUGAGUAUGCUGAGCUUAUCAAGCGAGGAUCAACUGCAGAAGACUUGGGAGCAGGACAUGCUGAAGCAGCACAAGUUCAGGGUCUAGGUUUAUACAAGGGCCCUCGCAAAGAGGAAGAAUCGAGCUCCUUCAAUCUUGAUCCUCCAGAAAUGGCUCGUGCGGAGCAGUUUGACCCUCCACAAGCAACCAAACCAGAACGUGAAGAUUCUGAGGAUGAUCGAAGGAGCAAAAAGAGGCGUGAGGAGAGGAAAGGGGAGAAAGAACGGAAGCGAGAAAGGCACUCUGAAGGAAAGGAGAGGAGGCGUGACAAGCAUGAGAGGAGGCAUGAGUCGGACGACAGGUCGAAGCGCCACCGCAAAGACAAGCAGAAGAGGAGGCAUGAUUCUGAUUCAGGCUAAUAACAGACAGAUGCGUGCCUGCGUCACAGUGUCCUGCUACCAUAUUUCAUGCCGUGCUAAAUUUGCUUGAUGAUGUAGUGUAAAAUUAACUUGUCUUGUAUCCUCUUGGAGACAAUGUCUAUGCCUCUUGAAUUUUUUGCCGUUUUCUUUAAUUACAAGAAAAUUACUCUGCAGCAUGUGUAUAUCCGAGCAUUUGGCAUUGUGGGGGUAUCUCUAUUCUGCCCAUCCUUGUCUUGCCGUGCUUGUGCCUGGUGAAGGCCGGAGCCAUAGAGUAGAAACUGGUUUUUGUUGGAUGAUCUCAAAUCAAAUUAAACCACCUAAGAAAUAGAGUAC